GGCACACACCGAACCCACAUGCACUUUCACUCACUCACAUGCAGAGGUUAGUGGGAGUGUUCAAAGGCUGGACAGACAGUCAUAUUCAAACUGAGUUCAGGGACUGUUUCAUUUGGCGCUGCUCUCUGAUCGACCAUGAAGCUGUAUGUGAUCGUUCCACUGUGUGCUCUGUUCACCAUCAUCCAACAGGCAUCUUCACAAAAUAAGUGUACGUGUGAGCUGACUAAUUCAGAGAAGGCAUUCCCUCAUAACAAACUCAGCACAGUGGAGGGCAAUGCAUCAAAAUGCAACAGCAACAUCACCCCACAGAAGACUCUGGAGCUGGAGAGUCUGCUGCUGGGUUUGGAGCGACGUCUGCCCCAGCUGCAGGAAGAUGUGUCGAUGCUGGAGAGGGAGGAUGACGGAGACCUCUACGCAGUUCUCAGCCUGUAUGUGAUAGAGAAUGAACUGAUGGAGAUCAAGCAGCUCACUGACAGGCUCAACAGCACCACCAAGGCACACCAGGGUCUGACUGCUGACACCACUGAACAGCUGAAGAACCUGAGAGCAGAGAUGCAGAAGCUGGAGACAUACGACACCAUGCAGGUGGUGAAAGGACAUCGAGACAACGAGCGUCUGAACAGCGAACUAGAAAUGUGCAAAAAUGGACCUCUCCCCACCACCCAACCCACUCAACCUCUACAUGGUAAAUGUCCCCACGGUCAAUUUCGGAACAUUACUGGCCCGAGGGUGUACACAGCAGGAGAGUACCCUGGCUCCCACAAGUAUGGAGCCUGGGGUCGGGAUCCCAAACCAGCGGUGGGAAAGGAGAGCUGGUAUUGGCUGGUAAUGAUGACUACCAACAACAGAUACGCCAACUACGUCCGUCUCUACUCUAGCCUGAGCUCUCUCAUUGUUGGGGUGAGCGUUCCAGGUAAUGUCCAGAUCCACUCCUCUAACCCAGCCACCAACACUAUCCAGGGUCCGAAUGUUGUGCUGUAUGGAGAGGCCUUGUACUACAACUGUUACAACCUAGAUGCUGUUUGUCGAUUCAACCUCAACACCAAAACUAUCACCACCUUACAACUACCCAAAGGCACCAGGUUUAACUCAAAGGGUAACUUCUGCCACCUUGAGGAAUGCUACCCGUUCACCGACCUGGACCUGGCAACAGAUGAGUCAGGUGUUUGGGUGAUCUAUACCACAAACCAGGACUUUGGCAACCUGGUGCUGUCCAAGGUGGAGGAGGGUGAACCAAUGACUCUUGGCCAGACCUGGCACACCUCGGUCUACAAGCAGGGGGUGACCAACACCUUCAUGGCCUGUGGCGUGCUCUACGCAACACGGUAUGUCAACAAAACCAUGGAGGAGAUCUUCUAUGCAUUUGACACCACGACGGGGGUAGAAAGGUUCAACGUUGGAGUUUUCAUCAACAAGAUGUCUCCCAACAUUUAUUCCCUGAACUACAGCCCUGUGGACCAGAUGCUACAUGCCUACUGUGACUCCUUCAUGGUCUCCUAUAAGGUCUUGUUUUGGUAGGGACAUGUCUCUACCAAUAUUCAGCGACUACUGAGUUGUCUUUAGCAAUAACUGUGAUUAAAAACAUGUAAAUAUAACCACUGUUGUCCGUCAGUGUCUGGUCAAUGUAUUAGGAACACGCAGGGUUAACAGAUCUCAUUCUCUACUACGAGUCCACUGCGUUUUGGUUCACAGGUAUUUUGUCUUUAGCAAUUGGUCUUUUUUUGUGUUAAAAUAUUCAAUAUGAAUGAUGAGCUCAUACAACUGAAUCUUUUGUGCCCCCUCACACACGCCGGUAACUGACACACUCAUUGCAGUAUCUAUGACUUUUUUGCUAGAGUUUUCAUAUCCUCGACUUUCAGCUACUUUAUUUGUAAAAAGUAUCUAGCAACAAUCAUGUGAGUUAUUCCGAUCAUCAGGGAGAGUGAUGAAAUAUACACAUAUCUAUUAGAUCAGCGACUCUUCUGGCAGCAGCACAGUAUCUCUCCCUCGCCUCUCGCACCGUGCACACGCAAGCAGAAUUGAGAGUGAGUUAUGCUAUGGUUAUGGCAAAAUUGUUUGUCUCUUGAUCUGAAACUUUGUUGCAACACAGGAAGAGAACAAGGUAGGGUGGUAGAAAACAUAUUACUUUUUUGUGGUGGAGCUUACAGCUUAUUUAGAGAUCUAUUAUACUCCAUUACAUAAAUGAGAGGUAACUUCCCAACAUCUUGAGAAAAAAAAAAAACUGAGCUCUUCACUGCAAGAGUCAGGUACUUCCAAAAAUAAAUAAAUAUAAAAAUCA